AAACUCCGUCAUUCCCAUACUCAAUCCUUGAUCUUUCUUCUUCUUCUUUCGACUCCUCUCAACGCGAGAACCGUUUUCGACAUCCACACAUACAAUCGCUUCUUCUUUACUACUUCUUAUCACCGAAGAUUUAAUCAUAUCAAGAUGCGUUUCUCAUUGUCAUCUGCUGUCGUCGCCGUUGCUGCGUGCUUCGCCUUGGUCGGUGCCCAGGAUCUUCAGGGUAUCCCCACUUGCGCUCUUACAUGUUUCGCCGCCGCUGUCCCUGCUUCCGGUUGCACCUUGACAGACACCACUUGCCAGUGCACGACCGGCAAGGACAAGAUCGCAGAGUCCGUCACCAGCUGCGUUGUUCAGCGAUGCUCCGCUGAGGACCAAGGCAAAAUCGCCAGCGCCGUCACUGGUAUCUGCUCCCGCGCAGGCGUCACUGUUUCCGAUCUUCCCACCUCCACCGGCGCCGUCGCCUCCUCUACUGGCUCCGCUACUGGAUCAAAGAACGGUACCUCUGGUGUGACUGGCGUCAAGCCCUCGUCCGGUGCUCCUGCUGAGCAGACCGGCAACGUUGCCGCGCAGGGUGGCGCAGUCAGCCUUGGUGCGUUGGCUAUCGGUAUGGCCGCUGUUUUCGGAUUGUAA